CAGUGACAUCAGCCGGCUCACUUUCCAUUGGCCGGCCGGUUGCUGGGACCGUAGGGCUAGCAGAGAGGCACUUAACCCGCUCGGCGCCGUGGGGCCCCUCUCUGCCCCGCCGCCCCGCGUGCGGGGGAGGCCCCGCCGGCUGGGCCAGGAGAGCCGCGGCGGGGAGGCGGCGCUGCCGGGGUAGCGGACACCGAGCCGCGCCGCUCCGGCCUCCCCGGCAGCGCCGCCGCCGCGUCGCCCUUUUAAGCGGUCGCGGCGGGGGGCUCCCGGAGUAGCACGCGGCCUGGGGAGGGAGCGCGGCGAUUGGCGGGGCGGGCGCCCGGCGGACACACCCCCCUUAGAAAAGGGGCGCUGUGAGUGGCGGGGGGAGAAGGUAAACAGAGCCGGCCAGUCCUGCCCGCUGACCAAUCGGGGGGGGGCCCCGCCGGAGGUGAUGGGACUCGGGGCGGCCGGCGGUGGCGGCCGGCAGCGGGCGGGCACUCUCCUCUCCCCCGGCCCCGGCCCGGCCGGGCGGGCGGCGGGCGGUGCUCCCCCCUGCCGGCUGCGCGCCGCCCCCGGGGGGCGGCGGUGAGGGACCGGCCCGGCGCCCCGCUAUUUAUUUCACAGACACACACACACACACAUACACGCACCCCCCAACACCCCUGGCUCUUCUCCGCGCCCGCAACCCGGGACCCCGCGCUGCGGGGCGGACCAUGGCUGGCGGCGGUGCGGCCGGACCGGCGGGCGGCCGCUGAAGGAGCGCACCGAGCAACCCCCGUCCCGCCGCCGCCGGGACCCCUCUCGCCGUCGGGGCGCGGCCCCACCAUGUCGGCCGUCGCCUACGUGGACUUCGUGGCGGCGCAGUGCCUGGUCUCCAUCUCCAACCGCUCCGCCGUGCCCGAGGCGGCGCGGCUGAAGGUACCGGGCGAGGCGGAGGCGGCCCGGGAGCUGCGCGACCCCCGCGACGCCUGGAAGGACUACUGCGCCCUGUUGGCUAUUGCGAAGAGCCUGCUGGAGCUGAACAAGUACCGGCCGCUGCCCGCCCCCUCCGUCUGCAGCGACAGCGUGGAAAGCCACGACGAGGACGCCGGCUUCGACAGCGACGCGGCCACCGAGCCGGGCUCCAGCCCGCCCCGCGUCCCGCCGCCGGGGCCGCCCCCCCGCCUGCGCGCCGCCGGGGCCGCCCCCAAGGGGAAGCUGGCGGCCGAGAAGCGGCACAAGUGCCCCUACAGCGGCUGCGGGAAGGUCUACGGCAAGUCCUCCCACCUCAAAGCGCACUACCGGGUGCACACAGGGUGCCAAGAUUCCUUUGGAAUUUUCAAGCUCCAGCAGCCACAGAGGUACGGGAGGAUCUUGGAAGAUGAAGGCGAGCGACCAUUCCCCUGCACAUGGCCUGACUGCCUUAAAAAGUUCUCGCGCUCGGAUGAGCUUACCCGGCACUACCGAACCCACACCGGUGAGAAACAGUUUCGGUGCCCCCUUUGUGAGAAGCGGUUCAUGCGGAGCGACCACCUGACAAAGCACGCCCGCCGCCACACUGAGUUUCACCCCAGCAUGAUAAAGCGAUCCAAGAAGUCCAGCUCCAGCAGCUCCUUGUGAAGGCAGGGCUGGCCUGGGGAGCGGAGCGGGGGCGGAGGCAAGCCACGGUGAGGAUGCAGGCAGUGGUACCAGAGCAUGAGCAUCUGCUUUGGUGCUGGUUCCCCUCGCUGAUACGUAGCCAAUGUUUAAAAAGUACUCCGUGCCUCCCCCCUGUCCUCCACCUCCCCACCCUGCGCUGGGAAGAGCUGUCUGGAGCAAAUGGACUACAGGGGUGAGAGGAGGGAAGGGAGGGCCAGCAGAGGAGGCGAGCACCUCCUCUAAUGUAAAGCGUUGAUGCUGGUGUACAUACAUCUGACUGGUUCAGCCUGUGCCACCACAGUAGCGUGACCCCGAGGUCUUUGUGAUUGCUGUGUCAUGAACAUGUUUUGUUGAACAGUGUAAUGCUGCUUGUAUUUAGAGUUUGUCGAGUAAGACCACUUUCUGAGUCACAUAAAUAACUCUCAGAUAAAAACUCCA